UUUUAAAAACAAACCACACCACCUGUGACCCAGCACCAUGACGGGCCCUUGACGGAGAGUGUGAGGCCCAUAACAGCUUUGAGAAUGAUUAAAAUGUGAUUCUUGGUCAGAUAACUUUCCAAGGCUCCAGAGCCUGUUGGAGAGAAUUCGAGAGAGAGGAGGAAUGCCUAGUCUCCCCCAGCACCUAUGAAGCGUGAGGAAACGCUGUGCUGCCUUAUGCGGUAGUUCUGUUUGGCAGUUUCUAUUGUCAAAUAGCUUUUAAAAGAAUCUUGAGCCAAAUCAGAUACAUAUACCUUUAUUUUUUGCAAGGGGGCUUGUCAUUCACCCAUAAAAUCCAAAGUCCUGGGCUGGAAUUCCUUACAGGCCAAGGGCUCUGUUGUUCAUCCACCACGGAAGUGGGUGAGGAAUGCUUCAUUGCCCAGCUUCUGCUACCACGUGAGCAGGGAGCCCAAGGUUUGCACGGCACACACCCUUCCAGGUCUUUUCUGCAGAGCUGGGCCCCCUCAUCACUGCCCCGGAUCCCUGGGACCUUCAGUUGAGCUGGGCCCCAGCACCUGGAUUCAAGAAAACAAAUGCUACACACCCUAUGCAAUAAAUGACUUCAUUCCAUGUGUGCGUUAUUGGCUUGAAGUAGAGAGAAAUGUGGACCUCUCAAUUCAGUAGUUUCAAGGACUACACUUUAGAAAAGAUAUCACCCUUCUAAGAUUACAUUCCCAACCCACAUGUUGGAACAAGAUAAUGAAAACUGGAGAAAUAUAUACAAUUUCCAGAGACUAAAGAAGAUUCUCAUGGCAGAAAAAGCGUCUCAUGGUAGCCAGGUGGGUGAAGGGGAGUGAGGACGUCCCACCUGCCUUGAAGACGCCUUCUGACCUGCUGAAGGAGUGACCAGGUGGCCCCAAGAGCCUGACAAUGGAUGCCAUUCAUCUCAGCAUGUCCAGCACUCCCCUGGUGAAGCACCCUUCAGGAGCUGGACUCAAGACCAACAGGCCCCGAGUCAUGUCCAAGAGUGGACACAGCAAUGUGAGAAUUGAUAAAGUGGACGGCAUAUACUUACUCUACCUUCAAGACUUGUGGACCACUGUCAUCGACAUGAAGUGGAGAUACAAGCUCACCCUGUUUGCCGCCACGUUCGUGAUGACGUGGUUCCUUUUUGGAGUGAUCUACUAUGCCAUCGCAUUCAUUCAUGGGGACUUAGAACCCAGUGAGGAUGUUUCGAAUCAUACCCCCUGCAUCAUGAAAGUGGACUCUCUCACUGGGGCGUUUCUCUUUUCCCUGGAAUCCCAGACAACCAUUGGCUAUGGAGUCCGUUCCAUCACAGAGGAAUGCCCUCAUGCCAUUUUCCUGUUGGUUGCUCAGCUGGUCAUCACAACCUUGAUUGAGAUCUUCAUCACGGGCACCUUCCUGGCCAAGAUCGCCAGACCCAAAAAGCGGGCCGAGACCAUCAAGUUCAGCCAUUGCGCGGUCAUCACCAAGCAGAACGGGAAGCUUUGUUUGGUGAUCCAGGUGGCCAACAUGAGGAAGAGCCUUCUGAUCCAAUGCCAGCUCUCUGGCAAGCUCCUGCAGACCCAUGUCACCAAGGAAGGGGAGAGGAUCCUGCUCAACCAAGCCACCGUCAAAUUCCACGUGGAUUCCUCUUCGGAGAGCCCCUUCCUCAUUUUGCCCAUGACAUUCUACCAUGUGCUGGAUGAGACGAGCCCCCUAAGAGACCUCACACCCCAAAACCUGAAGGAAAAGGAGUUUGAACUCGUCGUCCUCCUCAACGCCACCGUGGAAUCGACCAGCGCCGUCUGCCAGAGCCGCACGUCUUACAUCCCAGAGGAGAUCUACUGGGGCUUUGAAUUUGUGCCUGUAGUUUCUCUCUCAAAGAACGGGAAGUACGUGGCUGACUUCAGUCAGUUCGAACAGAUCCGAAAGAGUCCUGAUUGUACCUUUUACUGCGCGGAUUCUGAGAAACAGAAACUUGAGGAGAAGUACAGGCAGGAGGAGCAGAGGGAACGAGAACUGAGAACUCUUUUGUUACAACAGAGCAAUGUCUGACGGCAGUGAUCACAGGGAUGAACUCUGGGAGCCAUUUCCACGUCUGAGCUCCCUUCAGAUGCAAAGGUCACCGUGAAAACACAAAGGUGUGGAUUCACUCUAAAAAACUGCACAUGCCUACACAAUCAUUUCCGCCCUUGGGUGCAGUGCCUAAGCAAGCAUUUAUGUUUGAGAAGUUCCUUUUUUCAAUGCUUUGUCUGAAGCGAACUCUCAAAAUCCAUGGUUUCUAAAAUGGGGCUACAUUUCCAAAAACUUGGUAUAUGGCAAUUGAAACAAUGUCCUGCUAGGUGGGCAGACAUUUAGCAAUGCUGGCAUUGGAAGGAAGUGCAUUUCUAUACAGAAUAUCAGCUAUAAUAUAAGGUAUUUAUUCAAAACAAUUAUCAAAGACAUUAGGGCCAAGAGUUGAAAUAUGGUUCAGUAUUCCUCUAUGCCAUUGCUCUAAAACACUCUCUUCUUUUCAAGAAAAGGAAAUGUUAUAUAUAAUGGAAGCUAUCUGGUAAUACGUAAAAAGGGCCAAGGGGACUCUGUAUUCAUAAAAAUAAUUCCAUUUUUACCUUUCUUCAUUGGAUUAAAUUGUACACAGUGAAAUUGAUCAAACUAGGAGUUGACAGUUGUGAAAACAUAUACAAAUGGAGUUCACACUAUUGUUCACAUUAAUUUUUUGGUUGGAAUAUACUGCUAUUUUCUAUUCAAAACCAGUAGCAUCAGCACCUUCUGGGAGCUUAUUAGCAAUAUAGACUCUCAAGUCCCACCCGGACUUAGAGAAUCAGAAGCUAUACCUUAACAAGAUCGUCAAGUGAUUUGUAUACAAAUGAAAAUCUGAAAAAUGUCCACUCUGAAAGUUUUCAAGGGAACUUUCAGAAGUCACGGGACCCUCUGGGUCCCAAAUCCAUAUGGCCCCUAGACCUGUCCUUCUUUCUUCAACUUAUUGUUAUGGGCCAAUAUUCAUGAUGGUCAUUUCCUUCCUCGUCUGCAAAAAAACUGCCACUGAUAUUCCAAGAUCGAAAAAGCAAAUGGAGAGUAACGGCUGUCUUACACGAGGCACUUGCUUGUUGACUCCAGUCAACACUAAAGAAGAAGGAAGCUGCGUUACAAUGGGAAAUUUGCUCAGAUAUUGAACUCCACAAGUUUGGACGGGGCCAUGAGGAGCAAAGCAAAGGGGGCGAGGAUAUUGAAUUCAUAUACAGAUGACUCCUUGAAGCAUAAACAAACUUUGAUCAUCUGAUGACAUGUAAAGAAUGCUCUAGAAUUUAAAUAAAUCACAUGCAGCUGAGUCGUA